AUGUUCUCCGCUGCAAAGGAUUUAUCGGCCUCUGGCCGAGGUGCUGCUCAGGCUUCAGCCAGCAGCAAUGACUACCGUGUUGUGUUACCCCGUCUUCCUACCGGUAAGCUGGUUGUGGACUCCGUUUUCCUGCAUGCUGACUUAAGUGGUCGACCGUACAGAGCCCAAGACUUCAGAGACGCCCUUCGGAACGUUAUUGACCUGAAGGAAAUAAGUUCCAUCGGACAAUUUCAGAUGUCGCAUGUGUGGAUGGUGGCGUGCAAAUCAGGCAUGACAAAAUCAAAGCUAGUCGCAUGCGGGGAAUUAUCCGUAAAAGGUAGACGCUGCGUCGUCAUUGAUCCUGAGCCCACGGAAGUUAAAAUGAAGCUUUUGUGGCUUCCUGAGCGUUUGGAAGACGACGACAUUCGAGAUGCGCUCCAGGCUUACGGGAAAGUCAAGUCUAUAUCAGCAGAAAGCUGGAGAGUAUCGGAGAUGGAACAAAUGCGUACGCUAAAUCGGGACGUGGUGUUGACUCUUGCCGAUGGAGUGAGCGUGGGGGACGUUCCACAUCUACUACCUGUUUGUGGAGUGCAGAGUCUCGUAUUAAUUCCAGGCCGGCCCCCACUUUGUCUGCGCUGUAACAAGGUGAGACACAUUCGUCGAAACUGCAGAACCCCACGUUGUGAAACCUGCCGCCGCUUUGGUCACACAGCUGAAGAAUGUGUCGUAACAUACGCCGAUAAGUUACGACACAGAACAAAGCCUCCGGAUGAAAGCUUGCAAGAACACAUAAUGGACAUUACGGAGGUUCUUGACGCGACGGGAGACGUUCCCUCUUCCGCGGAGACCCGCUGUGCCACUAAGGCCCCUCUGCCUGUUAAAGACAGUCACAAUGCCAUCGCAGAACUACCCGUGAAAAAAGAAAGUAGCGAAGAGAAAGAUGACCAACCGAAGCAACAACCCAAAGGAGCACCCGCUACCACGGAGCCAGCUGCUGCCCAGCAAGCGAAUGAGGGAGCCGGAGAUGACUCAUCUGAUGCACCCAAGCAACUCGACACGUGCACUGAGCCGGCAGAGGACAGCCGAAGUAACGCGGAUACUUCAGUUCCGAAGCGCCGUGCGACCAACAGAUCGGAAUCAAGCACAGACAGCGAGACGACCAGUACCACAAGAAAAGCACGUCGCCGUAAAACAUCGAAACACUCAGGAAAGUGCCGACGAUCACGGUCCAGAAGGCCAGGUGGGGUUUCGGAGGGAGCCUCACCGUUGCCCUCUAGGACCGAUCACAUAGAUCAUUAGGUCCAAAUACUUGGUAGUCACCAUGGCCCUGUCCCAGCAACUUCUAUUCGCAACCUUGAACG